CACUUGCUUACGUAUCGUCGCUCCUAACAUCAUGACACACAUAUCUCUGUCAAAAUAUAUACAAAUGUACUAACGAUUUUGAAGCGACAAAUCUUUUAUGUCUACUAAAAAGGAUGGCAUUAAAGUAUCCAAGACUCCAACAAUCAAACAGAGCUCAUCCAGACUGGUUACUAAAGUUAGAGAAGAUAGCGCAGAUCGAAAGCAUGUUAAGAAGGUGGAAGACCAGAUUAAAAAAUUGAAGCCACCAACAACUUUGCUCAAACAAAAGAGUGUAGAUGCUAACCGGCCUCAACCAACGAAGUCUAAUUUUAAGCUGAAAAGUGCAAGUGGGACAUCCAGUGAGGAAACCAAGUUGAAAGUAAAACGUAGUGUAGCGGGAGUGUCAAAAACUAGAUUUUUUCCAAAUAGUAAAGCUAUGAUCUCGAACGCGCUGAAGGAUGGUGAUACAGAGGUUGCAAAAAUAAGUGGCUCAAAAGUGAGUGGUAAAGUGGACACCGAGAUGGCGAAAGUAAAAAGCUCAAGCAGAAAGGAAUCAAAUUCAGUUUCUAACAAGAGCAUCUCAAAGAUCAGUAAGUCUGGAAGUAAUAGUCAUACUUCGAACAAAAGAGACGCAAACGAACUAAAAGGAAAGACAAGUAGCACUGCGACAAGAUCAAAAGUUAACAGCACACCUGUUCCCAAACAGAAACAGUCUGAUUCAGAUUGUAGCUCAAUUUCAAGCAGAUAUGAGAUGAAAAGUAUAGCAAAAGUGAAAUCGACAUCUAAAGACACUUCAAGACAAACAUAUUUAGAUUCAAAUAGCGAUAUAAUGUCAGAACGACCAGGUACUGCAACUUUGAGGAAAGGUAGGCUAGUCAACACAAACAUAGUUGGACCAGAGGUUCCUGAGGAAUUAGUACCAAAGUUAGUGAAAGAACAUUCAAUGCUGCUUAAACCAUUUGAGUUUAGAAGUGAGUCUAAGUCUAAAGGAAAGUCAGUAUCCAGGAAAGAAACCAAAGGCUCUAAAACUAAACCAAAUGCCAACGAAAAGAGUCCAAACUCUAGUGCCGGUUCAAGACAUAGCUUAAGAAAUGCCAAUUUAGAAAUUCCAUCAACUUCUAAAACAAAACUAAAAGACAAACCAAGUGAUACCGAAAAUGAACAAAUCGUCACACCAAUGAACUCUGAAGGUAGUCAUAAAUCAGACUCCUCAAAUGAGCGUGAUUACGAAGACGAUUUUAAUUCCUACGAGUCCGAUUUUGAGAAGUACUCUUCCUCUAGCAGUUCUCUCCACGUGCCUGAUAUAUCGGGUGAAGAUACUAGUAGUAUAAGUAGCAGUGAAGGUAACUCUCCCCUGGAGCUCACAUCUGCUACUAAGAGAUUGAGCUCUGCAGGUACUGAUGAAGACAAACAAAUGGAUUCAGGGCACUAUGAUAUGCCAGAUUAUAAACAUAAGCAAAUCCUGGAUAACAUCAAAGAGUUGGUGGAGAAAGAGAACGCUAAUUUGGAUGUUCAGAAAAAUAAUACAGCUUCGCUCUCUGAUGAAGGGUUUGAAGAUCAGAGGUCUCUCCAAUUUAUCAACUUCUUGGAUGCUCAAAAGAAAACUAUACGAAGACGAAGCAUGGAGAUAAGGAAAAAGCGAGGAGAAGAGAUUUUAAGUAUGAUCAAGUUAGAUACCUUCAGUUAUACCCUUUUUGAUUUGACUCCAGUGCCUUACGAAGUGUUCAUAAAGAACUAUGGGAGGACUAAUACAGUGCAGAGUGCAACUCAAACUGGUGAUGAUGAUAUUGAUGAGGAAAUACAAACUGAUAAUAUUAGUGUUGAUAUGAAAUGGACGCAAAUUCCUGUUUGCUUCUCUAAGCUAAGUCUAGACGAGCCCAGCUUUUGGAGAACAUACAAAAACGAAUACCUAGGAGUAGGUAGCGAAUAUACUGUUGAGCCAAAUUUAGUGAAGAAGCCAUGUAACGAGCAUUAUCUGAAUAAGUUCCUGCUCUCUGCUGGAACUUUGAUCACCAAAAUAUUGGAAGAACGAGACUCUGAGAAUAUUAGUAGUCUAAAGAAGAACUCGCGAGAUUUGCCUUUCAGUGAUGGGUAUAUUGCAUUUAACACAACCAAGAGCGCUCUUAGAGGAUCUAGCGUGGACUAUAUUUCUUUCGGCUGUGAUAAUAAUAAAGUUUUUGCGACUGUACAUACUCAAAAGGAUAAGCACAUGUAUGUUAUAGCUAUUUGGAGAGCAUAUUCUGAGGAACCUAAGUUAGUUCUAGAAUCCUAUAGUGCAAUAUCAUCGUGCUUAGUUGACCUUAGCUCCUGUUUUGUAUAUGGUGGACUUUACGAUGGGCAACUACACUAGGAAUAUGUAAUCAUGGCCAUAGUUGUAAGAUAUAAUCCCUUAAAGCUGUCUAGCUAUUGGAUAAUUUGGCACUAAAGUUUAAGCAAUAAUCGUAGUAUGACUAUAUAGUGCUUUGCAAAAGGACCCUUCACCAACAAUUUUUUGAGUGGGGCAAAAAAUUCGGGUGCAAUUUUGAUAUGGAAUACAAGCCCAACCUCAAGAGAUGUACCAAGCCAUAUUCCUGUUUAUGUUACAAGUGUUGGAUUUGGUCACCACACAAAAAUAGUUGCCAUACAACAGUUAUCUGAUUCACCUGCUGGUAAAACGUUCUUAUCUGCCAAUUCAUCAUCAAAAGAGAUCUGUUCACUAGAUGAAGAUGGAGAUAUAAUACUAUGGAGGGUCGUAGUGAAGCAAAGUACGUAUAGUUCCAAGUCACCUGGAGCAGAUUGCAAAGAAGUUGUGCUGGUGAAAAGUACACACGUAUUAUUAAGAAGCAUGUAUCCAGACAUAUCAGAUCUCGUCUGUACUGACUUCGUCUUGGACACAUCGAACAACAACUAUGCUUUUAUUUCGACUAAUUAUGGUUUUAUCAUACAUUAUUUCAUAAAAGGUGGAGGAAAUUCCGUAAGGACAUUUCAGCCUGGAAAUGAUUCAACAGCGAAUUGCCUUGAGGUCUGCCCAUUCUCCUCCGACUUUCUGCUAGCAGGUUUUACAGAUGGCAACAUCAAUCUGUAUUCAAAACUAAUAGGCAAGCCUCUGAUGGUUCUAUCAGAUAAGGAAAGUAGUGUGAACGACAAUAGUAUUCAAUUAAUCCAAUGGUCCAAAACCAGACCUUUUGUGAUCUACGUGAAAGACUCUGCCAACAACAUUCACAUAUGGGAUUUGAAUGAAAGUGAUAUUUUCCCAAUCUAUUCAGUUCCUUUCCAGAAGAAUAUCACUUGUCUGAAGCUGUGUCCUUCCGUUGAGGGAAGUGAGAACAGCAAUGCUUUUCUGGUACUAGCAACAGAUGACGGCUCACUCUACAUGCACCAUUUGAAUACAGAUCAUGGCCAACAACCUAAAUCUACAUAUGAAGAACACGUGAAAACAUUUUUGAAUUACGUCAGCAGAUUGUAGCAUUUUUUACAAAUAUAACUUUUGGACACUGAUAUCUUGUUAGAAUC